AUGGCAGACACCUCAGCCCCAAAAGAAGGUGGUGAACCCAUAGUGUUAGAAACUCCAAUGGAUUUUUUAACUAAGCUCCUUCCAGACAUGCAACAACAGCAGCUGGAAGCAAUCACAGCCCUAGGAGAAAAAUUUUCUACUUCCUUGAACAGCCUCCGAGCCGAUGUUUUAAACAAUGAUAAUAACUUCCAUGUGGACCGCAGUGGAGACAAUUCUGCUGGUCUAAGUCAUGGUGCAGAUAAACAAAAUGAAGCAAAUGCUUCCAUAUCUGCAGAUCACCCUAGAGGAAGGAAAAGAUCCAGGUCUUCAUCAGCAGAAACUUGCCUCAGUCAUGUAGAAUCUAGUUCUUCUACUAGGAGGCCUAGUAAAAAAGAUGUUGAUGCCAUAAGUACAUCAGCAUCCAACCAAUUGUAUGAUGGUUUAAUGAAUGAAAUGCUGGGGCAAGAAGACAACCAGUUAGAGGACCCAGACCAAGAUGUCUGGUCUGACCUCAUCAAAGAGUAUAACGAUGAGGACUCCUUUGGCACAGAAGUAGCUCCACCUUUAGCAUCUAUGGCUAAACUCAUGUGGUCGAAGAAACUUACCAAUGAAAAAUUGAAAGGCAGACUAGAAAAAGUCCAAAUUCCCACGAAUUGCCGUUUUUUGUCUGUAAAGAGCUGCAAUAAACCUAUAUGGGCCAAGGCAGACAGCAAAAGAUCAAAUGAUCUGGUAUUGCAGAAACUGCAAACCACUGUUUCGAAAAGCCAAGUGCAUAUCUUACAAUUGGCAGACCAAAUUAUUAAGGCACCCAAACAAGGAAACCUUAUUGUAAUAGAACCAUCCAUUUUAUUAAAUUUGGCUAAAGAUGCUCUUUGUCUAAUCGGUAACGCCAACCAGCAGCUAAAUCAGUAUCGAAGAGUCGGAUUAAUCGGUGCAAUGCCUCACCUAAAAGGAUUGGCAAAGGAUGUGUCUGAAGAAGACUUGUUGCUGUUUGGAGAUGAUUUGGACAAAAGAAUCCAAUCAUUGCAAGAUGAGGAGAAAACUAGUAAAGUGCUCUCACGACCAUCUACACCAUAUUCAAAAAAUAAUUUUAAAAAGUACAAACAGCCAUCCUCCAGUUAUUCCUCCUCUGCAAAGGAGAAAACAAUGGUAGGUAAAGACCUUGUUGUUGCUGACCUUGAGUUAGCAGUUAGGCGUUAUCAAGCUUGUAAUACUCACAAAUUUUUGGAAGUUUGGAGGACUAUCACUUCAAACCAGUAUAUUCUAGACAUAAUUGAGCAUGGGGUUAAAAUUGAAUUUAUUAGUGUCCCAGUGUCAUCUUACCACCCAGUGAAGUUUUCACAAAAAGAUUGUAUAACUAUAAGUAAGGAAAUUCAACAACUUUUACAAAAGAAGGCAAUCCAGCAGGUACAAGCAACAAAUAACUGUUUUCUUUCAGGUAUAUUUAUUGUCCCUAAAAAAGAUGGUAGCUCAAGAAUGAUUAUCAACCUUAAACAGUUAAAUAGAUCUGUCAGAUAUCGCCAUUUUAAAAUGGAAACACUGCAAGAUGUUUUAUGUCUUAUCAAACCAGGUGUUUGGAUGGGAAGUAUUGACUUAAAGGACGCAUACCACAGCAUCCCUUUUCAUAUUGACUUCCAAAAGUUCUUAGCUUUUUCUUGGGAUGGACAGUUUUACCAAUUUCUAGCUUUACCCUUUGGAUUUGGUCCAGCUGUUAGGAUCUUCACCAAAGUUCUUAAAGCACCCUUUAAAGUACUAAGAGGGGCAGGUCAUGUAUCUGUUGUAUAUAUAGAUGAUUCUUAUUUGCAAGGUGACACUUAUGAAUCAUGCCAAAGAAACAUUAUGGCAACUGUCUCACUUUUGAGCAGCUUAGGAUUUACUGUACAUCCAAACAAGUCAAUUCUUGUGCCUACCCAAUGUAUGGUGUUUUUAGGGUUUGUGUUAAACUCUGCUCAGAUGACAAUAGCCUUAAGCGAGGAAAGGGUCAUAAAAUUAAAGUGUCUAUGUAAGGACUUGCUGUACAUGCAUCACCCCACAGUUAGGUUUGUUUCCAGGGUUAUUGGAACAUUAGUUUCUGCCUUUGAUGCCGUGAAGUAUGGCAAGUUACAUUACAGGUCCUUGGAGACAGAUAAGAAUCUAGCACUCAAACUAGGCCAUGGAAAUUUUGAUUCAAAGGUUUUUAUUUCAGAGUUUUCUAUUAAGGAUUUACAGUGGUGGCUCACAAUGGCUCAGUUUACCAGACCUAUACAAUUGCCUAAAAUUGAUCUUAUUUUAUCCUCUGAUGCUAGUCUUCAAGGAUGGGGUGGCACUGACGGAAACUCUCAAAUAGGGGGGCGUUGGUCUGAAGGAGAAUUACCUGAGCAUAUCAAUACUUUAGAGUUGUUGGCUGCAUUUUUUACACUCAAAGCCUUCUUGAAAAUAACACAUUUUAGACAUGUUCAGUUAAGAUUGGAUAACACCACAGCUGUGGCCUACAUAACAAAGAUGGGGGGCCUUCACUCCAUUGCUUGUAAUAAAUUGGCUGUUGAAAUAUGGGAAUUUGCUAGAACAUGUGAUGUUUGGUUAUCAGCUUGUCAUAUACCUGGUGUAUUAAAUACUAUAGCUGAUUAUAAAUCAAGACAAUUUCAGGAUAACAUUGAAUGGUCCUUGAAUGUAAAACAAUUUAACAUAAUUUCCGACAUUUUUUGGAAAUUUGAUAUUGACCUUUUUGCAUCCAGACUCAAUGCAAAAUGUGAGGAUUAUUUUUCUUUAAGACCUGAUCCAGAUGCUAAAGCUGUAAAUGCCUUCGCUCAGACCUGGUCGAAUUUAAACUUUUAUGCCUUCCCACCAUUUAAUUUGAUUGGAAAAGUUCUUGCAAAGAUAAAUAUAGAUCAAGCCACAGGCAUUCUUGUAGUACCUUUCUGGUCUUCGCAGCCUUGGUUUCCUCAAGCAAUUAAUAUGUUAUACAGGACACCUGUGUUAUUUCCUCCUUCAUCUAGAUUAUUGUUUCUACCGGGAACAAAAAGACAACAUCCUCUACACCAAACCUUGUCGCUGCUCAUGCUGCCUGUCUCCGGGAAUCGUUACAAGGUAAAGAGCUUCCAUCAGACACUGUCGAUAUCAUUGCAGCAUCAUGGAGAGAAGGUACCCAGAAACAAUACUCGGGUCCAAUCAGACGAUGGAUACAAUAUUGCACUGGGAGGUCGAUUGAUCCCUAUCAUCCAAAUGUGAAAGAUGUGUUAAUACACCUUACUGAAUUAUUCAAAGAGAUGUUAUUGGUAGUGUGACAAGUCUUCAUGAUCUUGGUGCCUCGCUCUUGGACUCAGUUAUGGAAGCGACAAGUCAUGAAUCUUAGUUUGCGUUCUUUUUAACAUUUACAUACUGAUUGUAACAUUAUAUUGUUUA